AUGCCUCGUCAACGUAUUCACGUCGACUGGAAAACUGUUGAAGGGGCAUUUAGUAAACCUCGAAGACUUCACUUAGAAAAUGAUAAAGAAGGUCUUUUCCAUUGCCCUGCACUUGGCUGCGAACAUGAUGGUUUCGCGAGUCAACGAGGCUGUCGAAAGCACGUCAAAACAAAACAUCCGUGGUAUAUAUAUUUUGACACGAAACCCAUAAUUUCUACCGAGAGCGAACGAAAACUUGAUGUGAAUCAGUCCUGUUCGUCGGAAAGCAAACCAACGCUGCCGUGUUGUGCUACAAAUUCACAAUUGGCACGAUUAUUUUUUUCAUGGCUACAAAGCACGACCGGUGGCGGAAGGCAAGGGAAACAUGCUGAAAUCUCGGUAACUCGAGCAUUUAAAUUCUUGAAGUAUUGUUGUGAACAAUCGGGCGAGGAUGAACAAAACCUGUCGUCGAAUGUCCAACUUGUUGAUUACUUUUUGUGUUCUUCCAAAUUUCUAACAGAUUUUCUUGAUCACCUCGAAAGCACCUGGCAAAUGGGUCAAUCUGGUCGACUCGGCUACGUAAACAGUAUCGCUGACCUCUUAGAUUUCCGUCGAUUCCAUGCACCUUCAGGGCCCGUACUUCAAAAUUUUUCCAUUACCGAAGUAUACAUAAAACGUGCAAGGCAAUGCUUCGCAAAGCAGAUGCGUUCUCACUGGACUACAGACUUAGAUAUUGCAAGCCUCGAAUCGAAAAGAAGUUGGACUACGCUUGCUGAACUUCAGACAGUAAUUCCCUUUCAUUUACAACGCUACAAAACAAUUCUAGAAGAGUGCAGGAAAAAAUCUUUUAUCACUUCAACUGACUUGACUUUUGCUACAAGAUUUGUUGCCGUCUUUAUGUUUGUCAGAGUGAAAGGAUGCCGACCGAUGACCUACCACCAUUUGACAGUCCCUAUGUUUGAAAGCGCAAAAACAAACGCUGGAAUGGUCGAUCAAACCAUUUUUAAAACGGCACAAAGAUAUGGGUUCAAUUCUCUUUACUUCGACGAGAUGAGCUUGGUAAUUGUCAAUGAUUACGUUCAAUACGUGCGACCCCUGCUGAAACCACAAUGUGAAUAUUUGCUAGUAAAUCGAAGCGGUAGUCAAUUUCAGAAGCUCACUGAGUUACUUAGCGUUCUCGUGUUUGAAGCGAUAGGCAAGUACAUUCACCCGACGAGGUACAGGCAGAUUAUCGAAACGGAGAGCGUAAACAAUUUAGAUUUGGAAGAACAACAAUUGGUAUCCGAGGACCAAAAACAUAGCUCAAACGUGGCGAGAGUUCACUAUCAGAAGCUGCGGUCUCGGGAAGUAGCGUUAAAGGGACGAUCAUGCAUGGAAAAACUGCGCGCGGACCAUGGCAGAGCAAUGGACAUUUGCGUACAGCAAUUGAGACAGCAAGAUUCCAACGCGGGAAUUGAAGUGAAAGACAUGGAAACCGAAGGCGAUGGUGAGACGGCGUCAUCUCAUACAAGCGAAGGGGAGAUUGAAAACAACGAUGAAACGCUACGAAAAAGCAGGGUUAAAGUCAGGUUUACACAAGAGGAGGACAAUUAUCUUAGAAAAGGGAUAGUAAAGUUUGGUAUGCGCUGGACUGCAAUUUUAAACUGCCCGCUGUACAAGUUUGAACAAUCCAGAGCACCGACAACAUUACGAAUGCGUGCGACAACACUUAAAUUAAUAUAG